AUGCCUGCAAAGACGGACCCGUUCUAUGUGCGAUAUUAUAGCGGUCAUAUGGGUCGAUACGGCCACGAGUUCCUCGAAUUCGAAUUCAGCGAGGGUCGGUUGAGAUACGCUAACAACUCAAAUUAUCGAAACGACAGUUUGAUCAGGAAAGAAAUGUGGCUGUCUCCUUUGACGAUCUCGGAACUCAAACGGAUCGUUGCAGAGAGCGAAAUCAUCAAGGAAGAUGAUCAUAACUGGCCGAAGAAGAAUGUGGUCGGAAAACAGGAACUGGAAGUGCGGUUAUCAGAUACCCAUAUCUCCUUUGAAACGGCCAAAAUCGGAUCGUUGGUCGACGUACAAGGAUCAGAUGAUCCAGAAGGACUGCGCGUGUUUUACUACCUCAUUCAAGAUCUCCGGAUCUUUGUAUUCUCGCUCAUCUCUGCUCACUUUAAGAUCAAACCCACCCAUUAA